AUGGUUCGUCACAAGAAAGACAAUUUCGGUUCCCGGGGCCGCAAGAACCACAAUUCAGGACCUCCGCGACCGCGACAGCACCAGCCCCAAGAUGGCGACGACGCCGAAGCCCCCAUCACCCGCCCGACUUUCAAGGCCGCCUGCUGGGACUUGGGCCACUGCGAUCCCAAGCGAUGUUCCGGCAAGAAGCUGAUCCGCAUGGGCAUGAUGCGCGAUCUGCACGUCGGCCAACGCCACAACGGCGUCAUCAUUACCCCCAACGGCAAGCACACCGUUUCCCCCGCCGACCGGGACCUGAUGGAGCAGUACGGCGCCGCCGUAGUCGAGUGCAGCUGGGCGCGUAUGAAAGAUGUGCAGUGGAACAAGGUUGGAGGAAAGUGUGAGCGUCUGCUGCCUUACUUAGUAGCUGCGAACACGGUCAACUACGGUAAACCGUGGAAGCUGAACUGCGUCGAGGCGUUGGCCGCGGCGUUCUACAUCUGCGGACACCCUGAGUGGGCGGAGCAGGUUCUCGCGCCUUUCUCCUAUGGUGAGGCGUUCUUGGAGAUCAACAGUAGUCUGCUAAAAAAAUAUGCGGCAAGCGAGGAUGAGAAGGGCAUAAAGAGGGUUCAGGACGAGUGGCUCGACAGGCUCGACAAGGAAUACGCAGACAGCCGAGAGGAGGGCGACGCUGAUGACAUGUGGAAGGGAGGAAACACAAACCGGAGGGUCAUCCCGGAUUCCGAUGAAGAGGACGAUGAUGACGAUGAGGAGGGGGAGGAUAAUUCUGGCGAUAGCGACAGUGUUGACGGCAUAUACCUAGGCAAGAAGCCUGCCAAGGAUCAAGAGGAAGACGAAGAAGACAAGGACCCGUAUGCUAUUUCAGACGACAGCGAUGAUGACGCGGCCAUGGAGGAGAUACGUCGAAAGGUGCUCGCAUCAAAGACGUUUUCGAAUCCUUCGGCAGAGGAGAAAAAGAAGCCAGAAGCGAUACCGCGGCCGCAGACUCUGAAGCCGGACUCGGAUAUCGAGCCAGACUCGGACAAUGGGGAGGAGGACGAUGAUUUCGACAACAUCAUCAAUGCCACGCCCGUCACCGACAAGAUUGGACUGGCCAAGCUCGAGAAGGAACGGUCGCAGUCAACGGUGACAAGUAGGACAUUUUCGUCAAGCACGAUCUCCGCGCCGAAGCGUUGGUAA